UGAAAUCCCUACGACUUCGCGCUUCAAUUAAAUCUCUCUCUCUCUCUCUCUCUCUCUCUCUCUCUCUCUGACUUCUUUGAGAAGUUAAACCACAUUGGCUUCCUUGCAACGCAAUUCGAUUAGGGUUUGGCCUGAAAAUGUCGACCCGGAAUCGCCGUCAACCGCCAUUGUCAUCCUCGUUGUCGGAGACAAAGAAGCCCUCGAUUUCGCAUCAUCCGAACAAGAAGCCCAUGGCGGCCAAGACCCAAGUGCCCAAGAAGCGAACUGCUCUCGCUGACGUCACGAACCAGAGGAAUAGGUGUCAAAGCGUUCCACCGACUCUAGCUUCGUCGAAGCCCAUGGUGCCAUGUACAAAUACAAUUGCUAAGACGAUUGCCAAUAAGACGACUGCUAAGAUGACAAAGGAAGUGUCAUCUUGCACGAAUAAUACUGGCUUGUCAGGGAAUGUAUUUCAAGCAUCAUUGAGUGCAAAAUCAAACAUCCUGGUUCCUUUCAGUGAUACAUCAUUCUCAGGAACUGAUCUGGCUAUCGAAGUAAUUCGAACUGAUCCUUCUCCAAGCAGCAGUGGUACUGUAAAUCAUGCAUUCAGAAGCAGGGAUGCAUCUCCAAGCAGAUCAGUUAGUGCUUCCGUGUCUUUGGAUGAGAGCAUGUCUACAUGUGAUUCGUUAAAGAGUCCAGAAUUUGAAUAUAUUGACAAUGAGGAUGUUUCAGAUGUUAAAUGGAUCGAGAAGAAAACAACUAAGAGCCUAUUCAUUUCGAACUCUCCAGGAAAAGAAGCCAACAUCUGGAAGAAAGAUAUAUUUUUCGAUAUGGAGGCAACAGAUAAAGUCGUUGCUAUGGAUGACAAUUUUAUGGAUCCACAGUUUUGUGCAACCAUUGCUCCUGACAUAUACAAGCACUUGCGUGAAGCUGAGGAAAAUAGAAGGCCCUCCAUGGACUUUAUGGAAACAAUCCAGAAAGACAUUAAUGCCGGCAUGCGUGCUAUUCUGAUUGAUUGGCUAGUAGAGGUUGCUGAAGAGUUCAGGCUUGUACCAGAAACACUAUUUCUGACUAUCAACUAUGUAGACCGUUAUCUUUCUGGCAAUGUGAUGAAUAGGAAACAAUUGCAGUUGCUGGGUGUUGCCUGCAUGAUGAUUGCAGCUAAAUACGAGGAGAUUGUUGCUCCCGAGGUGGAACAGUUCUGUUACAUCACGGACAACACAUACACCAAAGAGGAGGUUUUGCAAAUGGAAUCCUCUGUCCUGAAUCACUUGAAGUUUGAAAUGACAGCUCCAACUGCCUUGUGCUUUUUGAGGCGAUUUUGUUUUGCUGCUCAAAAGACCAGUGAGGUUCCAUCAGAGCAUUUCUGGUGCUUGACCUCCUACAUCACAGAGUUGUCUCUUCUAGAAUAUAGCAUGCUUUGUUAUGCCCCAUCUCUAAUAGCUGCUUCUGCUGCCUUCUUGGCAAAGUAUAUUCUUUCCCCUGUGAAAAAACCUUGGAAUUCUACGUUGAGACACUACACACUUUACCAAGCCUCUGAUUUGUUUGAUUGUGUCAAAGUGCUGCAUCAACUGUGUUGUAAUGGCUGUGGUUCAAACUUACCUGCAAUUAGGGAGAAGUACUGUCAACAUAAGUACAAGUUUGUGGCGAAGAAGUACUGUCCCCCAUCAAUACCUCCAGAGUUCUUCCAGGAUUUAAGCAACUAGAAGCUCACAUGAGUGCUCCAAUGCUCUAUAAUUUCCACGCCGGUGCCAACUGUAGAAUUUUGUACAAAUGUAGUUCUUGUUUGAUACUUUGUUCUACUUCAAAGAUCAAAUUAGGGAGGAAAUCCAUUCAUUUUUGUGUAUUAUGUUUUGCUUAGGAGUUAGAACGAAAAGAUUGUUGGUCUGGACUGGAUAAAGCAUUACUACACCGAUUGAUUUUAUCGUUGGGUUUCUUCGUCUCAGGUCGAGACAUGGAUGUGAUGAAUUUGUAUGCCAAAUUUGUGUGAUGAAUUUGUAUGCCAUGCUGAUGUGCUUGCCUUA